AUGGAUACAGAAAACUGGACAAAGAUUAUAAUCAGGAGCAUUCUGUGUCUGGCUGGAAUCAUUGGUAACAACUGGCUGUGCAUUUGCUCCCUGCCAAAAUCCGUUUCUCAGCUCAAAACCAACGACCUCCUGUUCGUAAACUUGGCCGUGUCCAAUCUGAUCACGAGUUACACGGUGGACAUCUUCAACAUUUUUGACAUUGAUCAUUAUUUACCUGUGGAAACACCUGUGGUGUAUUGUGGCUUUCGUUUUUUCCUGCCUGAAUUCUCGGAAACCAGUAGCAUCUUGACCACCAUGUUCAUCACUAUGUACUGGCAUCAGAAGCUCGUGGGCUCCCUGAAGCGCGGAGGAGCUCCUGUGCAAAUGGACAACCUCCAAUUUACCGCUGCACUGCUGACAGGAAGCUGGACCUUUGCACUUGUCAUCAACAUUCCUCGUUUUUUCUUAGUUGCCAAAGGCAAUGAGAACGUGACGACUACAGUGGAUUGCAAGGAAGAGCUGCCUUCGCAGGAAGCCGAUCAGGCUUACAAGGUGGUCUAUGUCAUGCUUGCGAACGCAAUACCGCUUGCCGGGAUUCUUUAUGCAAGCAUCCAGAUCGCGAAUACACUGCUGCAGAAUGAAAACCGAAUGAAGAAAAUGGGUGCAGAAGUCAGCAAUGAAGGAAACACCUCAACUGAGAAAAGUGGAGACAACAGUAAUAAUACGUCAACAGUUACCAAAUCCAAGUCACAAGCCAAAUCGGGAAGUCUGGUGAGGGCCGCCAAGAGUGUGUUGGCAGUGGCCAUUUUUUUCUUAAUUUGCUGGGCAAUUCACAUCAUUGUCAGCAUCCUUGAGCCCAUCUUCACAUCCAGUGCGUUAGAGGACAUUGAGAGCUUUGUAGGAGCAUCCUAUACAUGCAUUAUCCCUUAUAUUUACUUGUACGGUGUACAAAAGCUGACCUGCUCCAGACAUUAA